AAUUAUUUUUGACAGCCAUCUGACAUUUGAGGAAGUAAAUAUACAUCAAAAUUUUCAAGAAAAAUACUAUUUAAUAUAAGAUGUCCCUUGCAAAAUACCUAGCUCUCGAUAAAAUAGCCAAUUUUUUCACCAUUAUUAAACAAAAUGGUGGAAUAAGAGGAUCUUUGUACAAAAUGUACAGACAAGAUGACUUGAAAGACGGAGUGUUGGUGGGUCAAGAUGAAUUUGGGAACAAAUAUUAUCAGAAUCCUCGUUUCUUCUACGGUCGCAACAGAUGGGUUGAAUAUUCUGACAACUUUAACAUGGAUUAUGAUGGUAGUCAGGUUCCCGCUGAAUGGUUUGGAUGGCUUCAUUAUAAAACAGAUUUACUACCUCAUGAGGACCCAAGCAGGCCUAAAUACAAAUGGAUGGUGCCAUUUACAGAGAAUAUGUCCGGGACAACUGGACAAUACACUCCUUAUAGUACAACAAGGCCAAAGGUUGAGCCAUGGUUGCCCCCACGUAAGAGCAGUGUGUAGCUAUAAAUUAUGCAAAUGCUUAUCACAUGGUUAAACCAUGUCCGCUAUAAAUGUUUUAAAUAGAUCAAUGGUUCCUAUGUAAACAGUUGUAAUUCAAAAUUUUGUUAUUUUCUUUAUGUUUAAUUUUUUAAUUAACUUUAUUUACAAUAUGAGAUUUUGUCUACCAUUUUUAGCUAUUGCAUGAGUAAUUUGUUGUAAUAAUAUUUUUAAAGUUUUAUACUUACAAUUGUAUACAUCGGAACUAUUGAAAUAAAUUGACUUCAAGCAUUGUAUAUUUU